CGCAUGCGCACGAUCGAUACGUCAUCCAUUCAAAACACAGGCAAGCCCGGACACACACCGAGAGACAGACCGCUGAGAGACUGAUUCACCCGCCUCAGACAUCAACUGAGGCCCGCUGACCAGAACACAUCACCCACCCCCGGCUCGCUCACCUGCUACAACUAUAUUAUUAGCAUUAGCCGCUGCCUUUUUUCUCCAGUGCGCAUCACGCUACCUGCCCAAGCGAUAGUCCACGAACCUCCAAGAUCCUCCUUUCCUGCACGAUCCUCCACGGAGCUCCCCGGCCGCACGCUUCAGGACACAGCGAUGGUUGUCGGAGAUGAGCUGAGCACCGCCGCAGCGAACGGACGCGCCGCGGAUGUGGAGCGUCUCCUCCGGGCAGGGGCGGACGCUAACGGCCUCAACAGCUUUGGACGAACCGCAUUGCAGGUGAUGAUGAUGGGGAGCGCACCGGUGGCUCGGCUCUUACUCAGUCACGGAGCGGAUCCCAACCUGGCGGACAGCAGCACCGGGAGCACUCCGCUGCAUGACGCGGCCAGGACGGGCUUUCUGGACACCGUGCGGCUGCUGGUGGAGCACCAUGCUGACCCACAGGCCCGGGACAAGAAACAACGUCGGCCCGUGGAUUUGGCCAAGGAGAACGUUCACGAGAGCGUGGUUGCUUUCCUGGAGAAUCUGGAGAAUCUGUGAAACGCACCGUGCUGCUGCGAGUUUGUGAACCGGGAGGCAGAGCUCUGAGAGGCGGGCCCCGUUGCAGAGGCCUGCAGCCACGGACUCCUCAAGUGACUGCUGUGAGAUCCGUUUCUAUUUAUUUCACUGUUUGCAGCUAAUUAGACAUGAUAGAUUCACUUCUAACGAAAUCAGGGUCAUCUACAGGCACAGCGUCGCUAAUAUGUCAAACAACACAAGCUUCAAAAAAGCUGCAAUAACAAUCUAAAUGCUGUCAGACUUUCCAGUUUUUAUUUCAUGUUUAGCUUCAGUUGUGUCAUUGAAAUCCUCCAAUGACGUUGAGUGUUUUACUGUAAUAUUUGUAUAGUAUUAUAUUUUUAAGGUAUGGUUGUAGUAGAUUUUUCUUAUAUAUUUCCAAACGAGAACACUGAAUUUGGAAUAGUUUGCCAUCACAGAUAUUUAACCAAAUAGCACAAAAGCCAUUGAAAAAUGUUUUGCACAUUUUGAACAUUAGUGUCUUAACUGUGAUGCACUAUUCUAUAAGAAUUAUCUCUAUUGAGUCCAAUUUCCUCUUUAUAAACACGGUCAACAGAUCUGGGAUAGUACGCACUUUAAUAAAAAUGUCCCUUCUUAAGAUUUAUCAUGUGUUUAAAGGUGGGAGCAGGUUAGAUGCAAAAGUAAUUGGGUCGUUGGCAGUAAUGGCUGAUUUACUCUUAGGUACCAGAGAAAAGAAAAUCUAGCUAUUUGAAUUUUGUUUCAAGUUUGAAGACCUUAAAUGUUAAGGUACCGUUGAGUCCCCUGGCAGAAUUUUAAAAUAUUUUUAAUUAGGUAACUUUUCUUUGUAUUUACAAUAUCUUUACAGGAAACUGCUUCACAUUACAACCCCAGACGGUUCAUUAUCAUGUUUUUACUGCAGCUCUGGACUUCCCUGCUAAUGCAACCAUUUAAUUAUCCUCACUGAACAUUUUAAGGAAACUAGAAGAGAAAGUACAAAAAAUUGUUAAUUUGUCAGAUGGUACAAAAAUAUGGCACCAGAUGUUUGAGAAACAGUUAAAUACUUUUUCUACUUUAGGGAAGUCAGGUUUCAUCUGCACUUUAGAUAAGUUGCAAUGUGAGUUUGUAAAGUGUAUGAAAUAAGUCACAAUAAAAAUAUACCCUUUAUCAAUCAUUAGCUAAAAGUUAAAUUUCCACCUCUACGUUAGUGCACGUUAGUGCAUGUUAGUGCAUGAGAUUUAACCUCAGAGCCACACACUUCUGUUUUGUCUCUUUUGGAGUUUCAUGUCCCACAGUUAACAGCCUUACAGGCCUGAACACACUGUUUGUGUAUCAACAGAGGAACCACUUAGUCCAGCAUUUGUCAAGCUAAGAAUAUAUCGAAAUAUAACGGCUACUUUUCUGUCCAGUUAACAAGAAAUUUAAAUCUGAAUUGACAAAUCCAGAAGAUAUAAAUACACCAAAACUUUAUCCUUCACACUUCUUUUUUCUAUUUAUUAUUUCAACUCUAAUUCUAAAAGUAAUGUAAAUUCUUGCACAGGCUCACAUUUCACCGCACAGACUCUGAUAAUGUCCCAAUGUGACCUCAGUUCUUUGAAGUCAAAAUCUUUGACACCCGUUUCUGCUGAAAAAUAGGUUCAUAAUGUUGAGACAAGGCAACGAAGAGGAAAUACAAUGAGACUAUUUUUAGAUACUCUGCAUAGUGACACGAUUCAGUUGCAGCAAAUGAAGAUGAGAAAAAGGACUUGAGUGGUUCUAAAGGCCCAGCACUCCUACAACAAUCCCAGUAUCAUUAGAUGAUGAUGAAUCUUAUGUCCAAAAGUGUCUCCUGUGUCUAUAAAUGUAGAAAUCUGAUCUGAUAUAGAAAUGUAAUGCUCUAAAAGUUUUGAUUUUCUGAUUCAUGCAACAGUCAUGUAGAACAAAUACAAGUGAAAGUAUUCCACACUAUAUAAACAUAAAACUGCUGAGUAAGCAAAUAUUCCCAAGAACAAGAAUUUAUUCAAACUAUUUUGCUGAUGUGUUGGCAGGUAUUUAAAACGUUCUUUAGUUGUGUAAUACGACGAAGGCAGUAACUUAAUAUUCAUGUGCUUAACUUGCAAAGACUUUAUUACAUCCUGCAUUAACAGCAAUAAAGACACCAAUGGUUUACUGGCAACAAAUGUAUAAAUUUCAAAUGCUUACAGAAGACAAAAAAAUAUAAAUCCACAAAAAAAUAAAAAUCUAGCAUAGUGGUAAGAUUUAAAAUAUUUUCUUGGUCUUUUUAAGUGUUUUGUAAACAUGUGAUUAGACUGAAGUGUUCCGGAGAGAGAGGGUGGCGUGUUGAUGAGAGAGAAGAGGGAGUUUUUUAUGCAUCUUGAGUCAAGAAAAAAAAA